AUGGACGGAACAACAGGACAGUCACAGUAUAACCAAGGAAAAACAAAAUCAAGAAAUCAAGAACGAGAUAGAACACAACCGAAUCAAACGACUAAUAAUGAAAUUAUAGAAGACAAAUCACUAUUGACAGUUAGUAUGAGUGUUCAGCAACUACGACAUGAAGACGAAAACGGAAAUUAUAUCUGCUUAUGGGACAACGAAAACAGUCAAUCUGUAUACUCAGUACGACCAAUACAACUUGAACAUGCCAAAGAAACCAGAGUAAAUGUUAGAAGGAUAUAUGAAGAUAUAAAAAAUCAAAUAUCAAAACUUGAACCACAGAGAUUCAUAUGUGAAGACAUGCUUUUGGAAAUUACGUACAAAUUCUACCCCACAAUGUUAGAUGGAAAAGUUUACACAGACCUUACAGAAACAUCAGGAUAUUGCAGAUGUCAGCUUUGUAGAUCUGGACCAAACGAGAUGAGUGACAUAAAUAAUCUUGAUAAUGGAAGAUUCGAAAAAACACACAGAAAAUUUGUUAAAGAACACUUGUAUUUCAACACUCAGCCACUUCAUACAUCAAUGAACGUACUCACGACUCUAUAUGAUUUGUCAUAUAAACAAUAUGUUCAAAAACACUGGCUGGAGAUAACUGAAGAGGAACAGAUUGUUUUAGAUGUUGAAAAGGCUAGAAUAAAGCAAGCAAUGUGGGAUGCAUUUAAUGUUCGUGUACUCGAACCAAGACAAGGGGGAGCUGGAUCAUCAGAUACAGGAAACGUUGCAAGAAAAGUUCUUGAAAAUCCAGAGCUUCUAGCUAAAACUCUAUAUCUUAAUGAAGAAAUAAUUAAACGUAUAUGCUAUGUGCUAAACCAAAUUCGAAGUUUAGAACCAGUUGAUGAUCUAGAUGAAUUUGAUAGAAUUACAGGCUGGAUCUUACUUCUUGCGAAAUAUUCUUCAUCAUCAAACAAUAUUGAACUUGAUUAUGACGCUAGUGUCAGUAAAAACCUCAAUAAUUUUGACCAAAAGGUAAUUGACCUUGACAGACCCUUAAAACUUCACAAAAUCUCCAAACGAAAUGCUGAAGAUGGCAUUAAAAAUUUACAGCAAAAACUUGCAAGUAUUAAUGCUGAAAGCAAAGUCCAGCAUAAUGAAAUAAAAGUAAUUGCAAAUGCAGUCAAGACUAUAGUCACUACCAAUGCUCCAAAAUUCAAUCAAAUUCAAGCUACUCAAAAUGAAAUCAAAGCUUCGAAUGUUGCUGUCAAUACAAAAAUUACAGCACAAACAGCAAUGCAAACUGCUCUGAAGACUUCAGUUACUCAAUUAGAGGUUAAGAUUAAUGAAAUUAAGGCUCUGCAUGUUAAUGCUAACAAGGAUAUUGCAACAAAAUUCAAUGAAUUAAAAGUGCUACAAACUGGCAUUAAAACAUCAAUGACUGUGGCUGAAGCUAAGCUUAAAGAACUUGGAGUUGCAAGCAUAAAUCUCCAAAAUUCUCAAAAACUAGGAAUUGAUGGACUUAAAAUGCUUCUGACUGAAUUAAAGACACUUGUCAAUGCUAUAAAAGUCAAUCUUGAUAGUUUUAAGACAGGUCAGAAUAGUUUGACUACUGCCGUUAAUGCCAUUAGCACUAAGACUACUGAAAUUGUAAAUACUCAAAAUGCCAUAAAAUCUUUAGUGACUCAAAUUGACACAAAAUCAAAUGAAUUGAAAGUCCUGACAACUGCUAUCAAAACUUCAACGACAAGCAUAGAUGCCCAACUCAAAAGCCAUGGUUUGACCCUUAAUGGACUUCAGGUCAUCCAGAAAGAUGUCAAAACAGCUUUGACAGACAUGAAAACUUCUCAAGAUCUGAUUAAAGUAUUUCAGACUAAGACAAUCACUACAUUUGGUGAAUUAAGCACUAAAAUUGACAAUUUAAGCAAAUCUCAAAAUGAAAUUAAAGUUUCAAAUACACAAUUUAGUGCUGCACAAAAUAAAAUGACAGCAUCCCUCAAAAGUAUCUCAUUAGCUCAACAAACCUUGAAGACAUCACAUGACAUCCAAAAAACAUCUCAAGAAGCAAUUAAAAAUUCACAAUUAGAAAUUAAAAAGCUACUCGAUGCUUCGGUAAGUGACCAGAAAAUUUUACAAAAUGAAAUUAGAGCCUUAACGACUUUAGUGAAAUCAUCAAACACUGAUCAGGCAGCUAAGCUAGCUCAACUACAAACUACUCAAAAUUUACUGAAAACUUCGCAAGACGCAGGAAAAACUUCUGUCGAUUCCAUCAAAACUUCACAAGACAAGCUAUUAAAUUCAGUCAAUGCUCUUACAAAAGAAGUUGGUGAACUCAAAAAAGACUCAAAAUCAUCACAAGACAUUCACAAAUAUUCACAAGACCAUGUUAAAGGAACAUUCAGUGACAUUGAAGCAUCGAUUAGUGACCUAAAGAAGUCCCAAAAUGAUCUCAGAGAUUUCAUGUUAAAAAUUAAGACAUCACAAAAUGACAUCAAAAUUGCAUUUAAUGAGAAAAGUUUUAACAAAAAUGACAAUUUUGAAGCUAAAUUUGCAUCAUUUUGUAACAAAUUGGAAACGUUUGAAAGCUAUUUUGUGGAUUUAAAAGGAGAAAAUAAUGAAAAGUUUGAUAAAAUUGGAAAUCAAAUUGCAAGUUCGAGGCAUAAAGUUUCAAUUGAAUUUAAGGAAGAAGUUAAAAGAAUUGGAAAGAUAAUAGUAAAAAAAUUUGAAGAUGUUUUAGAAGCAAAGCUAGAAGGAAUUUUGGAGGAAAAACUAAAGAAGAUUUUAAAAGUUAAAUAAAUUAUUGAUUAAAAGUAGAAAAAAAACUUCGAAUCAUCCAGUUAUAUGAGUUGAAAAUAUAAUUAUUCAUUUUGUAGCAUUCAUGAAAAUUUGCCGUCGCUAAAUUAUUUGUUCUGAAUUUUUUCAUUGAAAAUCUGAAAUGAUUAACAAUUUAAAUAAAUUGCUGCAAGUGCCCAGCGUUUUGAGUUGGAGGCACAUCAAUUCAAUGAGUUUAGAUUCUAUUGUACCAAAUUAAAAUGGACGUAAUAAGACGUAAUGCUGACAAAGUUUGAACUUGAUCUGAGAACCUGUUCCCGCCAGCUUCACACACACAUUUAAGAGAACUGGAACUGUUUCCAAUUUAAUCCUUUUGUUUUUUUUCUUUUGACAUGUCGAUUUCGGGAAUGGUUGGUUAUAAACCUCAUCACUUCUAGCCUGAAUGUGAGGCUGCGACCCUCCAGGACUCGGUUACCAGCGGUGCAUUAAGCGGUUUCAAGGGAUACUACGAGAAGAUAUGCAUUUGACAUUUGGUCAGCUUCGGAGUCAGACUUCGGAUUUCCCUAUCCUUUACAUCAAAUUAGUAGUUUUAAAUUCAAUUCCUUAAUUUUUUAAAAGUCUACAAAUAAAAAUGUUUGAAAAACGUAAUAAAUAGUAAACCAACUUUGUCCAUAAGUUGUCAAAAAUUGAUAAAUUGAGUAUUUUCCCACGCAACAAGAUCCUUUCUCUCCAAAAACCACAAAAUUAAAGAGCAUAGAAUCCCCAUCAACUGAUUUAAUUCCCUCACUAUUCUCUCUCAACAUCUCAUCUUACAUGAAAAUCAUCAUAAAUCAAACUGUGCUGCGUACGACAACUUUUCGACACUCAAACAGAACCCACACAAUGAGAAUCCGAAUUACAACAAUAAUUCUACGCGAGAAUUGUGAUAUCAA